AUGAAAUCAGCGACUACACCUCUACCGACAACGACAACACCUACGACCAUCAACAUGGAAUUUCGAUCCACGUCAAUCUUGGACGAAGAUUGGACCAACAGCCAACAGCUAGUGCUGGGCACCCCUUCUUCGGUUGCUAGUAGCCUGUUUGAAGUGUGCAGAUGCUGUUCAAGACAAAACUGCGAGCAUCUCGAGUAUUAUAACCGAACAAUGAAGAAACUUGAAUCUGACACAAGACUCGCUGCAGAAAUCGGCCAAGGACUUCUCCACAAACACGAAACAUAUGUAGCUGAAUCAAGCCAACAAAGAGCACAAUUGGAGAAACAGCUGAACGAGUGCCACGAAAGAAUUGCUGGAUUAGAACAGUCGCUAGACGAAGUAGAGAAUCAGAAAGACGACAUUGCAAAGGAAAAGAACAAGUGGCUCUGGGAGUAUCAAAAGAGACAAAAGAUUCUGGAUGAAACAGUAGCAGAUCUCGAAAUGACAAAUGAAAAGUGCAGUCAACUGGAGAUGGAUCUGAAAAUCAAGGAGUCAGAACUGCAAAAGUUGAGAUUGUACAAAUUUAUGGCAAGACAUGCUGAAUCCAAUGAGGCAACACUCACAUCCAAGCUGGAAGACACAAAUCAGGAGUUGGCGAUUUGUCGAAAGAAUGAGCUGGUGUUGGAAUCCAAAAUCAAGAAGCUCAAGAUCAGAUAUGAAUCUCUUUACAGCAACCAUGAACAACUCUCUCGCCAAGUACAAGAAAACGCCAUGAUAUUAUCCCAAGCACCACGUACUGAAUCUGAUACAAUCAAGGCAAGUUUUACACAAGCGCAUCAUUUGUUCAACAGUGUGUGUAUUCACAUGAUUUCUUAUUUCAUUUUAAUUAAAGAACUAUCGUCAGCAAAUACAAAGUUAAAAUCUGAUCUCAUCAACUGCAAAGAACAGCUGUCAGAAUCAAGAGGAGAAGUCAUUGCAUUGAAUCAAAAAUUAGAAGAUUCAGCUAGCAGCACGACGGAGCAAGAUGGCAAGCGACUGCAAGAUGAUAUCAAGGCUAGCAUCAAGAGAUCAAAAAAGCUAAAAAGAGCCACCUCUGUCAAGGACGAAGCAACUACCACCUCUUCCGCCAAGAAGAAGGUUGGACUCCCUAUCAGAUCAAAGACAACGAUGCAGCCGCCACUGCCUUCGGUGUCUUCAUCGAUGCCUACGUCUUCAUUAGCUUCAUCACCUGUGGUUUCGCCCAAUAGCAAGAAUGCAGUGGUUCAUCAUCACUAUCAUUACUAUGUCAAGAACAGUAGAGGAGAAAGAAUUCAGAUCACAGAUGAUAUGGAUAGUUCCAGUAGUAAGAGCACUGCCAGCAAUUGCAGCAGUCAUGAGAUCAUGCUGGAUUACAGCGAGGUAUGUUUGAAUCGUGAUUUAGGGACAAGACAUGAACUCAUGCGGCAACAGCACAAUACAUUGGACGACAUGGACAAUAUGCCGCCUCCACCUUCACAGCAACAGCAACAGCAACAGCCAAACCAGCGAGAACUUGUACCUACCCCAUCCACAUCUUCAGUCAUCACAAUCAAGGAUGGAACAGUUACUACUUCAGCCCCUGGUUUGACAAAAUCACCCUUCAUACUGUUACAGGAGCAUGUAACACAAGUCCUGGAUCGAUUAAGGGGUUCAGACAUCCGAGCGUUGAAUCGACGCUUGAAACGAGCAUUUGAAAUCACAGAAUUAAGCAACAUGAGCAACUCGAUUAUUGACAACAUAUUGAUGGAUGUGGAUAUUUUAGACACUCGAUUUCUGUGGGUCAAUACAGCGGAUACAGACACACUAGCAUUCUUUCCCUUGGUGGAUUUGCUAAAAGACAUGCUCAAGGAAUUAGGCAUUUUAAGAAACACAAUGAACGAAUUACAAGUGGAAUACGUCAAAAAAGUAGAGGAAAGCGGAUUACGGGUAGAAGAAGAGAUUAUCAAAAAGAGGCAGCUCAAGCGAGAAUCUACAUUGAAACUAAAGUCGUCUAAAUCUACAUCCACUGCCGAUGCCAACAGCAAUACAAGGCCGUUAUCUUGGCUUGCUAAUAUGUUUUCAAAUAACAACAAACAGCCCGAAGUUUGUAACACGAGUAGCAAUACCACGACUCCUUCCUCCAUUACUACAGCUUCGACAGCAUCGACUACAGAUCAUCAUUACUAUGACAGAGGAUCCACACUCACUAAAACAACCACAAAUUCAUCCACUCUAAUACUAAGCCCUUCCGAAAACGCAGACGACGACGUGGACGAGGGUAGAUUCAAUACACUACGAAAACUUAUGAUAGCCACUACAGCCUCUGCUUUACACCAUGAAGACCCCACUCCACACACGAAAUAUGCCCGCAAUGUUGUUCAUCCAACAAAAAGACGUCAAAUACCCUAUCUCCCUCCCGUCAUGUCCACAUCCGUCAGCAACAAUACAACUCGACCUACACCUGCUAUACCUAUCCGUAGCAAACGCAGCUUACACAGAAUGCACAUUGAUUACGAAGGCAUUGGACCAGCAGCCAUUCGACCUAUACCUUCCGAUAGAGAUAACUCAACUACCAAUUUCUCUUCAAGCUGGUUAGGUGGCAAAUAA